AUGAACAUUCGAGAUCCGUUCUACCUCUUUAGGUCGGUUUUCGCCAUGGAAAAGGGAACAUUGUUGGAGUUGGGAUUGCUUCCCGUGAUGACUUCGGCAUUCUUGUGGCAGCUUGCCGCCGGGUUACGGUUGGUCAAAGUGAACUUGUCGCUUCGUUCCGAGCGUGAAUUGUUUCAAACUGGCCAGAAAUUGACCAGUUUCAUCUUGGGUAUUGUUUAUACCGCAGGUUUGAUUGCUAGUGGAUAUUUUGCCCCAGCAUUGAGAAACCAAACCGGCUUCGAAGACUCAUUUCCAGUCACCACCUAUGUGUUUAUCUUCUUGCAGGUGUUCGUUAUGUCUGCUGUGAUGACUUUACUUGUGGAAGUGUUUGAUAAAGGUUAUGGAUUUGGCAGCGGUAUCUUAUGUUUCAUUGCCCUUCAAGCUGCUAGCGAUUUGGUGAAAAAUAUCAUUGGUUUGGAAGUGGUCAAAUUGGCCAACUCCAACAAGUUUGAAAGCGUGGGAGCUUUAAUGAACCUUAUCAGAAGUUUCAGCUUUAAAACUUUGGGAAAGAAUAUUUACAACUCGUUCAACAGAGAACAUCUUCCUAAUUUGACCCAGGUUUACAUCACCAUUGUUACUCUUUUGGUGGUUGUGGCUUUACAAAACUUUAGAAUCGAGUUACCCAUUCGCUCAACCAGAGCCAGAGGCAUGAACAAUGUUUUCCCCAUUCGUUUAUUGUACACUGGUGCCCUUCCACUUGCUUUCGCCUACACCGUGUUGACCAAUUUGCAAGUUUUGGGCUACAUUGCGUCGCAAUUGUUGGAAAGCUACAGCCCAGUGGCUUCUUCUGUGAUUGGAAAAUGGACCAUCGACUACAGAUCGUCCAACUUGAAAGUUUCAUCGGGAAUCUUGUACUUUUUGUCUCCACCAACCUCGAUUCUCAACACUCUCGUUUCUCCACUCAAGACCGCUGCCUUCACAUUUGUGGUGAUCGUAUUGUCUGCUUGGUUUGCCAACAUCUGGAGUUCCAUUUCUGGUUCAUCGCCAAAGGAUAUCUCGAAGCAAUUCAAGGAACAAGGUAUUUCAAUUGCUGGUAAAAGAGACAUUUCUAUCACCAAAGAAUUGUCCAGAGUUAUUCCCGUCGCUUCUGUAAGUGGAGCUACCGUCUUGGGCCUAAUUGCUGUAGCUGGAGAGGUGCUUGGAGGUGCUGGAAAAGGCGUGGGUACUAUAAUUGGAGUGUCGGCGGCUUUUGGUGUGUUGGAAGAAUUCAUGAUGGAGUACCAACAAGCAGGUGGAAACUCCCAAUUUUCGGGAGCAUUUGGUCAAUAG